UCGGACGGCUUCCGCGGACUGGGCGGCGGAAGUUUGACGGCGCCAGAUGAGUGGCGGCUGCAGUGGGGCCGGAGUCCCGGCAGAUAUCUCCCCCGGACCCCCAGUACCCGCGGCAUAGUCGGAAGCCAGGCGAACCUGGGUGUGAGAUCCCGGACAGGAGAAGGAACCUUUCUGACACGCAAACAUGGACCUGGAGGCCAAAGUGAAGAAGCUAGCCCCAAACAGUGAUUGCCACCAGUGCUUUUAGCUCCCGGAGACGGUUCCGCCUGGCAGACCUGGGCGUCAGGACCCAAGAUGGGCUUAGGUCAUGAGCAAGGAUUUGGAGCCCCCUGUUUAAAGUGCAAAGAAAAAUGUGAAGGAUUUGAACUGCACUUCUGGAGAAAAAUAUGUCGUAACUGCAAGUGUGGCCAAGAAGAGCAUGAUGUCUUAUUGAGCAAUGAAGAGGAUCGAAAAGUCGGGAAACUUUUUGAAGACACCAAGUAUACCACCCUGAUUGCAAAGCUAAAAUCAGAUGGAAUUCCCAUGUAUAAACGCAAUGUUAUGAUAUUGACCAAUCCAGUUGCUGCCAAGAAGAAUGUCUCCAUCAAUACAGUUACCUAUGAAUGGGCUCCCCCUGUCCAGAAUCAGGCAUUGGCCAGGCAGUACAUGCAAAUGCUGCCCAAGGAGAAGCAGCCAGUGGCAGGUUCAGAGGGGGCACAGUACCGGAAGAAGCAGCUGGCCAAACAGCUCCCUGCCCACGACCAGGACCCUUCAAAGUGCCAUGAGUUGUCUCCCAAAGAAGUGAAGGAGAUGGAGCAGUUUGUAAAGAAAUACAAGAGUGAGGCUCUGGGUGUAGGAGAUGUCAAACUUCCCUGUGAGAUGGAUGCUCAAGCCUCCAACAGAAUGUACAUCCCUGGUGGAGACAGAAGCACCACGGCAGCGGUGGGCACCAUGGAGGACAAAUCAGCUGAACACAAAGGAUCUCAGUAUUCCUGCUACUGCUGCAAACUGAGUAUGAAGGAAGGUGACCCAGCCAUCUAUGCUGAAAGGGCCGGCUACGAUAAAUUGUGGCACCCAGCUUGUUUUGUCUGCAGUACCUGCCACGAACUCCUGGUCGACAUGAUUUAUUUCUGGAAGAAUGGGAAGCUAUACUGUGGCAGACAUUACUGUGACAGUGAAAAACCGCGAUGUGCUGGCUGUGAUGAGCUGAUAUUCAGCAAUGAGUAUACCCAGGCAGAAAACCAAAAUUGGCAUCUGAAACACUUCUGCUGCUUUGACUGUGACAACAUCCUAGCUGGGGAAAUAUAUGUGAUGGUCAAUGACAAGCCUGUGUGCAAGCCCUGCUAUGUGAAGAAUCAUGCUGUGGUAUGUCAAGGAUGCCAUAAUGCCAUUGAUCCUGAAGUGCAGCGGGUGACCUACAACAGUUUCAGCUGGCAUGCAUCCACAGAGUGCUUCCUGUGUUCCUGUUGCAGCAAGUGUCUCAUUGGGCAGAGGUUCAUGCCAGUAGAAGGCAUGGUUUUCUGUUCAGUGGAGUGUAAGAAGAUGAUGUCUUAAGAGGAGAGCACCAGUCAGUAUUGAGCCAUAGCUGUCCAAAGUGAUCUGCAUUUCUACUGUAAAAUGCAAUUUGGAAAAAUAAAUGAAACAAAAGAAACUAUAAAGGAUAUUAGAAGAUUUUGUUAAGUAUCUUUCUUUGCUGUAUUUCUCUUACCAGUUUUUUUCAUCUCUACAUUUAAAACCUUUUUUAAGCAUUUGAUUUUAAAAUGUAAAGAAUGUUAUCUUUCUUUAACUUUCCAUAUGUAAAAUCACUGAGUUGGAAGCUUGGGUUUAAUUCAUCUUUCUAUCCCUAUUUCCCUCGUGCCAAAUGGUAUAUAUGAAAAACUUAGAAGGUAAUGUGAUGAAUGGAGAGAUGAGCAUUUCUACUUCUAUAUUCUUGUUUCCUUCUAAUGUAAAAUGAAGAGGAAAUGAAACUUACCCUAAUGCCAAAGCUCUACAUUUAUUGCCUCAUCAUAUCCAGUGAGCUUUGUAGUAAUACAUAGUAAAUUCUUUUGACAGAGGAAAUAGAAAUGCAGCAUAGAAUAGAGAGCUAUUAUCAUUUUAAUGCCGAUGCAUUUGCUAUUUCCUGAUUUAAGCAGAGGUGGCUUUAUUGCAUUUCUCUUU